GAGGUGCCACGCUUCAGUGCCUCAGUGCCUCUGCAAGUGCCCGCCAGUGCCCGCCAGUGCCCCGCGCGUGUAGCUCCAUCAGGCAGCCCGCGCGGCACCACCUCGCCGGGCCCGCAGCAGCCCAGAUGACGCAGACAGAAGGAGGCGCUGCAGAAGGUCCCUGACGCCCGCCCCGCCCCGCCCCGCCCAGCCCCGCCACGUUCCGCCACGGCCCACCAAGAUGAGCACCCGUCGCCAGCUGUCGUGGAGGGCGCGGCAAGGAGGGGAGCGCCUUCGUCAGGAGAGUCGCAAGGCCGCUGUGUCGUGCUGCCAAGACUUCCUCACCCUGCGUCUGGUGCCUCUCAAGAUUACGUUCUUCGUGAUUAUGGGAGCUACUCAGUGCGUGGACCCCUUCAUCCCACUGCUGCUGAGGGCGUUGGGUCUUACACUGGAGGAGACGGGGCUAGUGUUUGCCAUCAGCCCCCUCAUCCCUAUAUUCGCUCCUCUGCUGGCAGGGUUGGUGGCAGACAAGAUUGGAAACUUCCGGUGCAUCCUGGUGUUCACAGUGGCCCUGAGCGGCGUGGUGUCCCUCGUCAACAUCGCCAUCCCGCCAGCACGUACCACACUCAAACACUCCCCGAAUAUUAGCUUCAGCCUCACCUGCGAAGAGGGGAGCUUCGUCCUGACGCCCGUGCCUCCCGCGAGUGACGGCGACGAGUGCGAAUUCCUGGACGAAACGCUGACGGUGCUGUCUCUGGAGGCCAAGAACUGCGGGUACACUUGUCCAGACCCCGCCGUGGUGCUUCCUACCAAGGUGAUGAAGGAUAUGAAGAAGAUGAAGGUUCUGCAGGCGGUGAACUCCACGUUGUAUCAUGUCUGUAAGGUUCAGGGUGGGGUUGAGGACGGCGGGACGCAGCAGAAGUGUUUCCGCAAGAAUCUCAACAAGACGCGAAAAGCCGAAAACAUGCCCAGGUCCUUCCAAAUCCACAAUCUGAUCUUACCACUCUCCGGAGUCACGCAAAUCGGCGGUGAGAUCUCCGUCCUAAACUACACAAUGUCUAAAGAGGCGAUCACCAGCUUUGAGUGCAUCAAGGGGGUGGUGCCAAAGAAAAUCACCAUUCCCAAGAUAUCACUGGAGGAAACCCCGCGAUUCGAGAAGGAUAAGGCGUCUGUUUCCUGUCACUUUCACUGCCUGGCCCAGUUGCCGCACAAGGAGGCAUGUGUCAAGAGGCCUCUGAGCAUGGAGCAUAACGUGGCUCUCAGUUUCUGGUUCUUCGUCACCAUUAACACCCUCGGCAAGCUCCUCAUCGGCCUCUCCUACACGCUCUUCGAAGUGGCGGUGCUGGCAAUACUCAAGGAAUACGGUUUUGAUUACGGUCUUCAGCGCAUCUACGGUUCUAUCGGCGGGAUGGUCUUCGCGCCUCUCUCCGGCCUGGCCAUUGACUAUCUCGGCAAGGGAGGACGCUAUACAGACUAUCAUAUCAUGUUCAUGUUGUACUGCGCAUUGAAGCUGUUCUGCGCUCUCAUCUUGGUUAUGGUCGACCUGCGCUUCAAGGUUCCAGCAACUAACCUCUGUCAUAGUGUGUGCUGUCUGUUCCGUAACAUUGAGGUGAUCCUGCUGCUCUUCGUGGUGUUCAUAUCGGGCAUGUGUUACGGCUUCAUCGAGAACUUCCUGCCCCUUCAUCUUCGGGACCUGGGCGCCACUAACUGGUUCAUUGGCAUCCUCACCACCAUCGCCUCCUUCUCUGCCCUGCCGUUCCUUGCGCUGUCUGGCGGGAUUUGCAAGAAGUUCGGGUACUUUCAGUCCAUCGCCUUUGGUCUUCUGUGCUACUCCAUCAGAUGUGUGGGUUACUCAGCCAUCAAGGUGUACUACUGGGCCGCCCCAUUUGAGCUGCUGGAAGGUAUCACAACGGGCCUGCUGGUGACCUCUGCUAUAGUGUACGGCAAACUCCUCUCUUCCAAAACUAACAUGGCCACGCUCCAAGGCAUCAUGGCCACGCUGCACUAUGGCUUGGGCAAGAGCGCAGGCAGCUUCCUCGGCGGGUUCCUGAUGGCUAAGCUGAAGGCACCUCUUGCAUUUCAAAUCUUCAGCGGCAUCGCAAUAGUGGCCGCGUUCUGCUAUUAUCUGGUGGGCAAACUGUACAUCGUGCCACGGCAGAACAAGAGACUCCUGCAGAAACUCGAGGUGAUGAAGAUGCCGGUGGAGACAAUAUCGAGGAAGGAGCAUAGGAGGAGUAGCAGAAGUCAGGACCUCUCGAAUGCUGGGGUGUCGACCUUGCAGCGCCACGGGUACAAGAAAAGAGCUGCCCCGAAGAUCAAAGAGAGCCAGGAGAGAGAGGAGGAACCGCCACCUCUGGACGAGACGCAGAUGACUCAAAUGACGGAUCUGCCCAAUGACACGAUAGCUUCCCUCAACGAGACUGUGCAGGAGGAGGAAGCGAAGGAGAAGACUGAAAAAACGGAGGAUUCUGCUAAGUAGAUUAUGUUUAUGUUGUAUGAGUUGUUAUACGUACCAUACACGCUUAUAAAUGCCGUACUGUAUCUUGUAAAUAAAUGGAUAUACUUUGAUAUUACUUACUGUAUAUGAGAGAGAGAGAGAGAGAGAGAGAGAGAGAGAGAGAGAGAGAGAGAGAGAGAGAGAGAGAGAGAGAGAGAGAGAGGGGGUGAUGGGAAUGAAUACAUUUUAGGUUAUUAAAAGUUUGCAUGAAUGUUGUGGCGUUGUGGUGGACUGUGGAAACUGUGCCACGGGGCUGUGUGUGUGUGUGUGUGUGUGUGUGUGUGUGUGUGUGUGUGUGUGUGUGUGUGUGUGUGUGUGUGUGUGUGUCUGUGUGUGCCGGCUCCCACCACGACACACACACGCACACACACACACACGCUCACACAAAUGAUCCACCAUUUAUUUUUUUCUUUCCUCACUUUUUUUUUUUAUUUCCUUCCUUUUUCUCUCCCUCAUCACUCAUGGUUAAAUACUUCCUUCCUUCCUUCCUUUUCAUUUCCGUCCUUCCUUCCUUCCUUCCUUCCUUCCUUCUUUCUUUCUCUUCUCAAUCAUCAAUUAAAUUUCUUCUUUCCUAACUCGCUACUCAAAGAUUUUCUUUUUUUUAAUCUCAAGAUUCUCCUCCCUUUCCUAACAUGAAAAUCAAAUCUCUUCUUUCUCUCCUAAUUGGCAAACCAGUCCUCUUCUUUCUUUCCUAAUUGUACGUCAAACAUUUCCUCUCUUCUCUAAUUACAAAUCAAUUCUUUCAUCCCUAACUCGUAAAUCAUAUCUCUUCUUUCUUUCCUAAUUCACUAAUCAAGUCUCUUUUUUCUCAUUUCACAAGUUAAACCUCUUUUGUCUUUCUGGAUUAACAGCAAACCUUUAAAUUCCUCUACAGUUCACCUUUCCAUUCCCAGCUAACGAGUGCGUCUGUUAUGCUCCGGUUACAAGUUAGUACAGCGGCCUUUCAGUGAAUUUAAGUCGAGCAUUACAGUGUCCUUCCUUUCAACACCCAACUAAAUCUUACGUUCUCUCAGUUAUAAUUUACUACAAUGAUCUCCCAGCUCGUCUGAAUCAACAAGAGUAAUGACACUUCAUUUCCCAGUUGCCAGUGACACACACACACACACACACACACACACACCCUCCUUCCCUCCAUUCCCUGUACUAGUUCGUCAGUUUUCUCGCCAUACAUCGCCGCUUUCUCUUCGUCCGCUCCAGUCAGUCACCCACUUUUCCCCCAGUCCACCCCGAGUCCGUCUUCUCGCCGCCACCCAGUUACAUAAAUCAAGGUGGUCGCGCCUCCACUCUUUGGGGAAAAAUACAUGUCUGUUUGUUGUUGUAUGGUGAAGGUGCGUACAUUAAUUUCGAGGUGAUGUACGAUGUGUGUGUUUGUUUAAUGUUGUUAAUUAAUGUUAAUUGGGUAAAUGUGUUUUUAUUUUCGUUUUUUGUCUUUUUUUUCAGAUGUUUUUGAAAUAGUAAAGGUACGUUAGUUUCGUGGCGAUGUACGAUGUGUGGGUUUGUUUUAUGUUGUUAAUUGAUAGUAAUUUUUGUUAAUUGAUAGUAAUUUUCUGUGUUUUUGUCUCUGAAACGUGAAAGUACGUAGAUUUUUUUUUUUUUUUUUUGGCAAAGUACGAUGUUUUCUUUAUCUUUUAUUUCUAUACAUACUUUCUAAAAAAAAAAAAAUACAUGUCUUAUGUUUUUGCCGAAGGGUGGUAAUGCACGAUUUUUCCAUCUUUACAUAUUUAUCUUUUUUUUCUAUUCAAACUUUUAAUUUUAACAUGUACAUUUUUUUUUUAAUUGUAAUAUAUGAGUAUUAUCUUUCUCCUUAUAUAUUUUCAUUCACACAAUACGUACGUAGAAAAAAAAAACAAAACAUAUAUUUCUUCAUAAUUAUCGAACAUUUCAGUAUAGUCUUACUUGGAAAUUUAAAUCACUGAACUUGGAAAAUGAAACAAUAAUUUAGCCAGACUGACCAAAGACUAAUAUAAAUGAUCAGAAACAAAAGAAACUGCCCAACUUAAAUUCCACAAAGGUAAUAUUAAUGGAGGUUGUAAUAUGUUGUAGUCCGCGUCUUUCUUUUGUUUUCCUGCAUAAAGUUAAAUAAAUAGUAUGUAGAUUUAUGUGAAAUGCAAAGAGGAAACACC